UGUAAUGUCAGUGCUGUCCAAUUUACAGGCUGGGGCAGCUGCAUCCUGCAUUUCCCUGAAGCAGUACAUGAUUUCCACUCUUUGCAAACUUUAUCAGCUUUUUGGGGAAGAAAGUCGGAGAUCGAUAUGCGGAAGAAGCAGGCAGUCACAAGUAACCCAUUUACUUUCCGGUUUCUUCUCUUAUGUGUCCUUGUGGGGAAGUCCCACACUGAAGACGACAUUGUAGUUACAACCAAGACUGGAAAAGUCAGAGGGAUGCACUUACCAGUACUCGCUGGCACAGUUACAGCCUUUCUUGGAAUUCCGUAUGCACAGCCACCUGUUGGUAGACUUCGAUUUAAAAAGCCACAGCCCCUGAAUAAGUGGUCUGGUAUUUGGAAUGCCACAAAAUAUGCAAAUUCUUGCCAUCAAAACCUAGAUCAAAGCUUCCCAGGCUUCCAAGGAUCAGAGAUGUGGAAUCCAAACACGGACCUCAGCGAAGACUGUUUAUAUCUUAAUGUGUGGGCUCCAACACCAAAACCGAAAAACGCUACUGUGAUGGUAUGGAUCUACGGUGGCGGCUUUCAAACUGGGACGUCCUCUUUGCAUGUUUAUGAUGGAAAGUUUCUGGCUCGGGUUGAGAGAGUUAUAGUAGUUUCAAUGAACUAUAGGUUGGGGGCCCUCGGCUUCUUAGCUUUACCAGGAAAUCCUGAGGCUCCAGGAAACUUGGGUUUAUUUGACCAACAAUUCGCACUUCAGUGGGUCCAAAACAACAUAGCGAGCUUCGGUGGAAAUCCCACAAGUGUAACUCUCUUUGGAGAAAGUGCAGGAGCCGCUUCCGUUGGACUUCAUUUGCUUUCUUCUAAAAGUCACCCUUUCUUCACCAGAGCCAUUUUGCAAAGUGGGUCCCCUAAUGCACCUUGGGCAGUGAUGUCUCCUUAUGAAGCAAGGAACAGGACAUUGACAUUGGCUAAACUUAUUGGCUGUUCUAAAGACAAUGAAACUGAGAUGAUAAAAUGUCUUCAAAAUAAAGAUCCCCAGGAAAUUCUUCUGAAUGAAGUAUUUGUUGUCCUACAGUAUGAUAGUCUCUUGUCGGUGAAUUUUGGUCCAACUGUAGAUGGUGAUUUUCUCACUGAUAUGCCAGAGACUUUACUCCGGCUUGGACAAUUUAAAAGAACCCAGAUCUUGGUGGGUGUGAAUAAGGAUGAAGGCUCAGCAUUUCUAGUAUAUGGUGCUCCAGGUUUCAGCAAAGAUAACAGCAGUAUCAUAACGAGAAGGGAAUUUCAAGAAGGUUUAAAACUAUUUUUUCCAGGAGUGAAUGAAUUUGGAAGGGAAUCAGUCCUUUUCUACUAUGUAGACUGGCUAGAUGACCAGAGACCUGAAAACUACCGAGAGGCUUUGGAUGAUGUUGUGGGGGAUUACAAUUUCAUAUGCCCUGCCCUGGACUUCACCAAACCCUUCUCAGAUUUGGGAAAUCAUGCUUUUUUCUACUAUUUUAAACAUCGAUCCUCCAAACUUCCUUGGCCUGAAUGGAUGGGAGUGAUGCAUGGCUAUGAAAUUGAGUUUGUCUUUGGUUUACCUCUGGAAAGAAGGGCUAACUACACAAAAGCUGAAGAAAUUUUGAGUAGAACCAUAAUGAAAGACUGGGCGAAUUUUGCAAAAUAUGGACACCCGAAUGGCACCCAAGGAAACAGCGCACCAUGGCCAGUCUUCAACAGCAUUGAACAAAAGUACCUGACCUUGAACACGGAAUCCCCAAAAGUACACUCUAAACUUCGUGCCCAACAGUGCCGAUUUUGGACACUAUUUUUUCCCAAAGUCUUGGAAAUGACAGGAAAUAUUGAUGAGGUCGAACGCGAGUGGAAAGCAGGAUUCCACCGCUGGAACAAUUACAUGACGGACUGGAAAAAUCAAUUUAAUGACUACACUACCAAGAAGAAGGGCUGCAUGGAUCUCUAAUUAAUAGAUUUGCCCUUUACAUAGAAUGCUCAUUUUUUUGUAGAUGAAGGUAAAAAUAUUAGUAGCUCUCUCUACACCUUCAAAGAAAGCUAUCAUAUAGCUGUAACAAAAGGGCCAGAAAGGUAUAUUGAUUGUACACAUUUCCAUUUAGUAUUUUACCUAGUAAUUCAAAAUCAAAUAGCUAGAACAUGUUUCAUUAAAUUUUACAAUAUUAAAUUUGACAAAUAAUUAUAUGCAUA